ACAGACAGACAGACACUGAGCAUCUCGACGCCGAUCAUCUGUCCGGUGUCAGGUGGACGGAUCCGCUUCUGGGCGGGACGACAGGGGCCAGCUAGACGAGUGAAGCUGCUGUGAGAGUGACAGCUCGGCCAUCAGUGAGUGAGGGGAGGACACCGGGAACAUCCGCCCGGUCACAGCGGAGAGAGAGCGAGAGAGAGAGAGAGAGAGAGAGAGAGAGAGAGAGAGAGAGAGCAGCGAGAAGUGACUUUAUGUUGUGGGAUCAGGAGAGACGCACACGAUGAUGCUGCGGAACAAAGUUCAUGUCACAGCCAGCCGCGUCCGGUAGACUGCUGCGACCGGACUGCAAUCAUGUAGCAACUCUUCGGUUUUGAAUUCAGGAGGAUCCGCCACUUGCAGGACACUUUUGAAGAGUAGCUCGGGGGAGGACGGGGAGCAGAGAGAGGGUUAUUUGUCUCCUGUCCGCAGCAACGAUGGCAAGACUACGGAGGAAAGCGUGCAUAGCUCUGUUUCUCUUCACGCUGUUCGUCUUCGGGACCAUGAUGGGACUGAGGACCUUGAAGCCCAGCGACGGCUUCUCGGAUCUGGCUCCAGGUGUGGAGCUGCUGCCGAUGAUAGGAGGCAAGAUGGACCGGCGCUCCGUGUCCCAUGACGCCAGCGCGUCCCCGGGUCAAGCCCGCCCGGCUGGCAGCAACACCAAAGCAGCUAUGUCCAACUCCGGCCCCGAGGGGACCAUAUUUUACGAUGUCCAUAUUUUUUACUACACCUGGUACGGCAACCCGCACCUGGACGGCAAAUACAUCCACUGGGACCACAUCCUGGUGCCGCACUGGGACCCCAAAAUUGCGUCCAGCUACCCGAGAGGGAGACACAUGCCGCCGGAGGACAUCGGCUCCAGUUUCUACCCGGAGCUCAACCCGUACAGCUCGAGAGAUCCGGACGUGCUGGAGUCCCACAUGGAGCAGAUCGGAGCAUCUGCAGCAGGGGUCCUCGUCCUGUCCUGGUAUCCUCCCGGCCUGGCUGACGACAAUGGCGAACCCGCUGAGGAUUUGGUACCAGCUGUACUGGAUGCUGCAUACAGGCACAACCUCAAGGUCGCAUUUCACAUCCAGCCGUACCGAGGACGAAAUGACCAGAGUGUGCACGACAACAUCAAGUACAUCAUUGACAGGUACGGUGACCACGGCGCCUUCUACAAGUUCACUUCCAGCACAGGGAAGAGUCUUCCUCUAUUUUACAUCUAUGACUCCUACCUGACUCCACCAGAGUCCUGGUCUGAGUUUCUGACUCCCACCGGCUCCCACAGCGUGCGCGGCUCGGCCUACGACUCCAUCUUUAUCGCCCUGAUCGUGGAGGAGCGCCACAAGCACGACAUCCUCGCAGGAGGCUUUGAUGGCAUGUACACUUUUUUUGCUUCCAACGGCUUCUCCUUUGGCUCCUCUCACCAGAACUGGAAGGCCAUCAAAGCUUUCUGCGACGGCAACAAUCUCCUCUUCAUCCCCAGCGUUGGACCAGGUUACAUCGACACCAGCAUCCGGCCGUGGAACAACCACAACACCCGCAACAGGGUGAACGGCCGUUACUAUGAGACGGCCCUGCAGGCGGCGCUGAACGUGAGGCCGGAGAUGGUCACCAUUACGUCUUUUAACGAAUGGCAUGAAGGGACGCAGAUAGAGAGGGCCGUGCCCAAAAAAACUGUGACCCGCGUGUACCUGGACUAUCAGCCACACGGCCCCGAUCACUACCUGGAGCUGACCCGCCGCUGGGCCGAGCAGUUCAACAAAGAGAAGGAGCAGUGGCUCAUGUGAGCUUUCAUCACACUGACUUGAAAGAGCAUGCUCUUAGUGGAGGUGUGUGUACACAUGAAAGAGAGAGAACAAAAGAUAGUGAAUGUAGAGACUGCUCGGUGUGGACGUGAGUACGUACGGACACGAUUUGACCUUUUGAGAUGUGAGAGUUUCUACGACUGUGUGUAUUUGUGCACACAUGCUGAUCUGUAAAGAUUCGGACUCGUGUUGGUGGCGUUGACUGUCUUUGUUGAGUUUUCAGGUACAGCUGCAUUAAAGCGUUCCUCUUGGGAAUUAGUUCCAUCUUUGCAUUGAAAACAAAGACUUCUUAAUGACUCUGUCGGCUUGUUUCUGCUCACUUAAUGCAGCUUAAUGAACAACUGCCUCAAACAGACUCCUGCCUUACAUUUGUAAGUACCAAGUGUCGCAUUGUUAGGGCCUCAUUCUGCAGUUAACAUUUUCAAGGUUGUUUUCAUCCACAACAGGCUCUCAAACACUGCGAGACGCUCAUGUUGAUCUUCCCUUUAAGACAGUUCAGAGAGUUUGUUGAAACAUGUAAAUAGACUCUGAACAUGCAAGUGAAGAGUAAAAUUAGGUUUUUUUGGCUGUCAUGCAAAAAAAGCCUACAUCUUCAACUUGAUUCAGUCAGGAAAUACUUAAGUUUGUUUUCUGGCAAACAAGUAAAUGGAAAGAUUGAUGCCACUCAACCAGCCAGUUCGCUUAGCUUAGCAUAAAAAACGGAUACAAGAGGAAACGGCUAACCUGGUUGUGUUUAAUGCUGCAUUCAUGUGCUCUUCAGAUGGUCCCAUUUCAUUGCUUAAAGUGUUAAACAACAUCUUUACAGCUGUUUCCAUUAUUUGAGUUACAAUUAAGUGUAAAGGAAACGAUACAGUUGACAAUGUUUGACGAAACUUUCAUCCAACAUGUUUCAGCAUCAUGUCAGCAGCCUGUGUACCCAAAUGUCUCCCGACUUUCUACGUUUUUGCUACAUUGAGUGGUGACUUUGUGGAGUGUCUGCUGGCUCAUGCUUUGAUUAUGAUUCCAUCAAUUUUCUUAUUGAACUCUCAGCAAGAAAGUAAAAAUGUUUAUUUCCCCAAUAUGUCAAACUAUUGCUCUCAAAGUUUUAUCUCAAAUCAUGCAACUCAAUUAGGGUGUCAUAUCAUUUCAGAGGCUGAAUUGGUGAAAACCCUCCUGAGGAAACUUCAAGAAAAGUGUCUUAACUGGUCACUGAACUAAAACACCCCUUAAGUAUUUCUACAAGUAUAUCCCUGCUCCUCUCCUUGUGCGUAACAAAGGUUUUGGCCUACAGGUUGCGAAAAUAUUAAGAGAAUUUUGCAGAACUUUCCCUAAUUUUGACAAACCUGCUUGAUCAUCUGAGUCUUGGUUUAAUUCCCUUUACGGAACUAAAUCUUCAUGGGCACACGCAUUUCUUUCACUUCAGAAAACAAAUGCAGAAGCUAAAACUUUUCAAUAUUUCUGAGUGGCUGUAUGAACGGAAAGAUGUGACACUGACUGAUGCACUCUGCUAAAUGGAUUUGCGUGACUGACGUUUGAUGAAAUCCUGCUGUCUACUUAAGUAAAAGGCACUUUUGAGGAUAAGAGUACGCCGUCUGAUGUGUCUUUGGGUGUGAAGGGCGCUUCUGAGUGGAGUCUUCAAU